CAUAGUAAUCAUUUUUCCUGAUACAAGAAAUACCUGAAUUUUUCCAGUAAUAUUACUGAAAUGUUGAUUGACUCAAAAAAUGAUUUUAAUAUUUUAAUAAAAAUUCUUCUUUGCGGAACUUUUAUAACUUCAACGAUUUCUAAAGAAUGGAGAAAAUAUUACGACCCUCCUCUUCUUCCUGAUAUUGCAUCCCCAAUUCAUUAUAUAAUUAAAAUAAGUCCAAAUAUUGAAGAUGAAAAAAAUUUAACUUUUGACGGUGAAUCGAUCAUUGAUUUUGAAAUCAAAGACGCAACUGAAGUAUUAACUUUAAACGCUAAAAACCUCAAAAUUAUUGGAGAAAUUUCCGUCAGAGACCAAAAUCGGAAAUGGGCAGUACAAAACUAUUCAAUCGAUUCAAAAACAGAUUUUUUGACUAUCAAAUUCAACGAAAAAUUACCCGAAGGGAAUUUUACACUAUACAUAUUCUACAACGGUAAAAUAAAUACUAGACAUAUUAUAGGUUUAGUUUACAAAACUUAUGAUGACGAUUCAGACGAUGAACAAUGGUUAUUGUUUUCAAAUUUUGAUUCCAAUCUUGCCCGUGAAAUAAUGCCAUGCUGGGACGAUCCCUCCAUGUGGGCUACUUUUGAGAUUUCCAUUAGGCACAAUCGUAAAUAUACAGCCGUAUCAAAUACCCAGUUCGAUUCAAUAAUGAGUGAUGAAAAAAAAUUUAAUUUCGUGUGGACGCAUUUUGAAAAAACUCCAAGAUUAUCCGUGCGCACGUUAGCUUUUGCUAUGGGUGACUUGGAAUAUUUGUCGGAUGAUAGUAAUGCGUACCGUGUAUGGACUUCAAAAAAUGCCAAAAACCACCGAAAAUUUUUUGCUACCAUCGGAGGUAAAGCAUGGAGAGCUAUGGAAAAUAUUACAGGUAUCCAUCAAGAAGAUUAUGUGCUCAAAAAAAUUGAUAUCGUCGUAAUACCUGCCCCGGAAGAAUGGGAUAUAUUCUUUUGGGGGCUGUCAAUUCUCAGCAAACAAAACAUUCCUUAUGAUGGUUAUGGGAAUAUUGAAACCAGAAAUAAAUUUUUGAUUUCGAUAUCCCAACUACUGUACGACCAGUGGAUUUUGAAUGAGGACAUUACGUUAGAAAAGUUUGAUCAGUCAUUCCUAAACAUGGACUUACGUCAUUAUGUAGCUGUUUGUAUAGCUGACCAGAUUGAACAAUCUUGGGAUGUAAAGGAGAAAUAUUUUCAUAAUACCCGAGACCUACCGAACAGAUUGGGUUUUAUUACGCGGACAGUCGCUAACAUUUUUGGAACAUAUAAAUUUCGCAACAUUUUGAAGAGCUUUAUUAUAGAUAACAAAUUUGGAGGGAAUAAAUCAGUUAACCUAAUGGACGAGUAUAUUCUAGCCUCAGAAAGUAAACCAAUGAAAGAAUGUUUACAAAAAGCGUUGGUUAAUUGGAUGACAACCCAAGGUUAUCCUGUAAUUUACGUUAGUACAAAUGCAACCUACGAAACUACUAUUACUCAAUCAAGGUUUAAGGCAAAUGAAUUCACUAAAUUGAACGAUAGAUAUUGGAUUCCGAUUAGCUGCGCUACCCAAGACUAUCCCAACUUUGAAGAUCUUUCAGACAUCACAUGGUUUGAUCCUGAUUCAUUCCACCUCUCUUUUUCCGCAGUUCCCCAAAAUAGUUGGGUUAUUUGCAACAAACGAGAAUUUGGUGACUAUCGGGUCAAUUACGAUAAGAAUAAUUGGGAAUUAAUCAUAAACUAUCUUAAAAAUGACGAUUAUUUCAAAAUCCACCCCCUAAACCGAGGACAACUCAUUGAUGAUGCAUUUGUUUUUGCUAGUAGAAAAUAUAUUGACUACGAUAUUCCUUUAAAACUUAUGGGAUAUCUUCACCGAGAAACAGAUUAUCAUCCAUGGGUAAAAUUUUGGCGACAACUACAACAUUUGUAUUACAAUUCACCAUUGCGGAACUCCCAAUAUUACGAGAAUUUCAAAGGCUAUUUACUGAAUCAAACUUCAAAGUUGGAAGCUGACGUUUUAGUUGAUAUCAAAUUUUACCAGGACGUUCAUUAUUUGAUGAAAUUUCAAAAAGCAUCUAUUCUAAAGUGGGCCUGUAAAUUUAAUUCGUCACGUUGUCAAACUUAUGCAUCUGAAAAAUUGACCAAGUGGCUUGAUAAUCCUAAAAGAUAUCCAAUCGACGACUUUUAUAAACCUGUGCUCAUAUGCAGUGGAGUCCGUAAUGCCGAUUUGAAUACGUGGAAUCAACUGUAUAAAAAGUACAUAACCGAUAAAGAAGAUGAUAUCUUAUACGCCCUUGGGUGUACGUUGAAAAAUGAUAUUUUGGCUCAUUUUGUGAGACUUGUUUUCAACAACACAAUUGAAGGUUCCGACGAUUUUAGUGAUUCAUGGACACUAUUUGAAAAUAUUAUGAUUGAGAGCGAUAUUGGGGUUGAUGUUGUCCUAGAUAUUCUUAUAGAGAUUCAAUUGAAUUUUCCUGACACUGAUGCUCGAUAUGAGUUUGUACGCAGUGGAACAUUCGCCAUUAAAAACAGCAUAAAAAAUAAUCUACAGAUGCAAAAGUUUGACAACAUUAUACAGAAUGAUAUUAAACGUAGUGGCAGUGAAAAAGCUAAUUCUAAGCUAAUGGAAGCUCGGACUAAUAUUAAUGUUGUCCAAUCACAAUCUACCUUUAUGGCUGAAUUCUUUUCACUUUACUAUCAAUCAUAGUAAUUGACUAAAUCAAUGUAUUUAUCUAUUUGUCAAAAUAUAUUAUUUAAUAAAUAUACUUCACUUUAUUUCU